AUGUCAGUACCAAACAAGUUCACCUUACUCUUCUACAGAAGAAUGCUUCACACUAUGAUGAAAGCAUUCCCUGGAGACUAUAACAUGUUCCAUAGUUGCAGAAUCGAAUGUCGCAAAAAAAUUUUAGAAAAUAAAAAUGAAACAGAUCCUAUAAAAAUUUAAGACCACAUAUUCUUUGGAGAAGAAAUUAGAGAUAUGUUAGAAAAUAAUUUAAUGCAAGGUAAAUUAUAAUAAAAUGGAAAUUACAGAUUUAAAGCAAGACCUGAGCAUGCAAUGGGUGAACAUGUCAAGCCUAUUCCUACAGACAAUUGA